AUGGGGAAGGACCAGGAGCUGCUGGAAGCUGCCCGCACUGGAAAUGUGGCUCUGGUGGAGAAACUCCUGUCUGGCAGGAAAGGAGGGAUCCUGGGCGGUGGAUCCGGACCCCUGCCCCUUUCUAAUCUGCUAAGCAUCUGGCGAGGCCCCAAUGUAAACUGCACAGACAGUUCGGGUUACACUGCUUUACACCAUGCAGCCUUAAAUGGACAUAAGGACAUAGUUCUCAAACUACUUCAGUAUGAGGCAUCAACAAAUGUAGCAGACAACAAAGGCUAUUUUCCCAUUCACCUGGCUGCCUGGAAAGGAGAUGUAGAAAUUGUGAAGAUUCUUAUUCAUCACGGACCAUCACAUUCUAGAGUCAAUGAACAGAACAAUGAAAAUGAAACUGCGCUACACUGUGCAGCUCAAUAUGGACACUCAGAAGUAGUUGCUGUUCUCCUAGAAGAGCUCACCGAUCCUACCAUCAGGAACAGUAAGCUAGAAACACCUUUGGACCUGGCAGCACUCUAUGGACGACUUAGGGUGGUCAAAAUGAUCAUCAGUGCACACCCUAACUUAAUGAGCUGCAACACUAGAAAGCACACGCCACUACACCUUGCUGCUCGGAAUGGUCACAAAGCAGUUGUUCAGGUGCUGUUGGAAGCAGGGAUGGAUGUGAGCUGUCAAACAGAAAAGGGGAGUGCACUUCAUGAAGCAGCUUUAUUUGGAAAGGUGGAUGUUGUGAGAGUUCUGUUAGAAACAGGAAUUGAUGCCAACAUAAAGGAUAGCUUAGGUAGAACUGUCUUAGACAUUCUGAAAGAACAUCCAUCUCAGAAAUCUCUCCAGAUUGCAACACUCUUACAAGAAUAUUUAGAAGGUGUGGGAAGAUCAGCAGCCCUUGAAGAACAUGUACAUGAAGAUACAACACAAGAAAUACAUAUUUCAUCUCCUGUUGAAUCUCCUUCCCAAAAGACUAAGAGUGAAACUGUGACUGGAGAAUUAUCAAAACUCUUGGAUGAAAUAAAACUCUGUCAAGAAAAGGAUUAUUCUUUUGAAGAUUUGUGCCACACAAUAUCAGACCACUACUUAGAUAAUUUGAGCAAGAUUUCAGAGGAAGAACUUGGGAAAAAUGGAAGCCAGAGUGUAAGGACUUCAUCUACAAUAAAUCUGUCACCAGGAGAAGUGGAAGAAGAUGAUGAUGAUGAAAACACUUGUGGGCCCUCAGGACUCUGGGAAGCAUUAACUCCUUGUAAUGGAUGUAGGAACCUUGGCUUCCCAAUUCUUGCACAGGAGUCCUAUCCAAAGAAGAGGAAUUACACUAUGGAAAUUGUACCAUCUGCUUCUCUCGAUACAUUUCCUUCAGAAAAUGAGAACUUUCUAUGUGAUCUCACGGACAUAGCAGUUACAAAGAAACCUUGCUCCUUAGAAAUUGCAAGGGCCCCUUCUCCAAGAACUGAUAAUGCAUCUGAGGUAGCAAUUACUGCUCCAGGAAGUAGUAACCAUAGAAACAGCUCAACAGGCCCAACACCCGACUGCUCACCUCCAUCCCCUGACACAGCCCUCAAAAAUAUUGUAAAAGUUAUUCGACCCCAGCCUAAACAACGAACAUCUAUUGUGUCUUCUCUGGAUUUUCAUCGAAUGAAUCACAACCAAGAAUAUUUUGAAAUCAACACAUCUGCAGGGUGUGCAAGCUUUACUUCCAGCCCUCCUGUUAGUCCGCCCACCUCUUCUGUGGGAACCACAGAAGUCAAGAACAACGGAACUAGCCAUACAGAUGACCCUUCUCAACAGGAGGAUAGCGAUCCUCCAAAAGAAUAUGAUCCUGGGCAAUUUGCAGGCCUUCUCCAUGGAUCCUCUCCAGCCUGUGAGUCCCCUGAAAAUCCAUUUCAUCUCUAUGGGAAAAGAGAUGAACGUGAAGGACAAGAUGAAGUCAGUUCAGCAAACAGUCCUUUGCCUUUCAAGAAGUCUCCAAUAGCAAAUAACUCAGAACCUUUGGUAAAGAAAAUUAAACCCAAAGUGGUCAGUAGAACAAUUUUUCACAAAAAAAGCAACCAACUUGAAAACCAUACUAUUGUUGGCGCCAGAACAACUAGAAGUGGAUCCCGGAAUGGAGACCAGUGGAUUGUGAACACGGGAGGAUUUGUGGAAAGAGCCUGUACCCUGGGGAGAAUAAGAUCAUUGCCAAAAGCCCUGAUUGACAUGCAUUUAUCAAAAAAUGUCUCUAAAUCGGAUUCUGAUCUCAUUGCAUACCCUUCAAAUGAGAAAACACCAAGAGUUAACUGGAGUGAAUCUUCACCUGCUGAACAUACUUCUAAAGGGAAUUCUGAAAGAACACCAUCCUUCACUUCUGAAUGGGAAGAAAUUGACAAAAUAAUGAAUUCCAUAGAUGUUGGAAUUAACAGUGAACUUGAGGAAAUGAAUGGUGAGACCACAAGACCCAGAUGCCCCGUCCAAACAGUGGGACAAUGGUUGGAAAGCAUUGGGCUACCUCAGUACGAGAACCACCUGAUGGCUAAUGGAUUUGACAAUGUACAGUUUAUGGGAAGUAAUGUUAUGGAAGAUCAGGAUUUAUUGGAAAUUGGAAUCCUUAAUUCUGGGCACAGACAAAGAAUUCUACAGGCAAUCCAGCUCCUUCCAAAGAUGAGACCCAUUGGCCAUGAUGGCUAUCAUCCCACUUCUGUUGCUGAGUGGCUGGAUUCCAUUGAACUAGGUGACUACACCAAAGCCUUUCUAAUUAAUGGCUACACAUCGAUGGACCUGUUGAAAAAAAUCUGGGAGGUUGAACUUAUUAACGUUUUAAAAAUCAAUUUGAUUGGCCACAGGAAACGUAUUUUGGCAUCUCUGGGAGACAGGCUGCACGACGAUCCACCACAGAAGCCCCCUCGGUCCAUCACCCUCAGGGAUCCCAGUGGUAAUCACACUCCUCCUCAGUUGUCUCCAUCACUUAGCCAAAGCACUUACACCACUGGUGGCUCCCUAGACGUUCCUCACAUUAUCAUGCAGGGCGAUGCAAGGAGGAGAAGAAAUGAAAACUACUUUGAUGAUAUUCCCCGAUCAAAACUGGAGAGGCAGAUGGCCCAGACAGGAGACUGGGGAGAACCUUCCAUUACCUUGCGACCUCCAAAUGAAGCCACAGCCUCCACUCCAGUACAGUACUGGCAACACCACCCAGAAAAGCUCAUCUUCCAAUCGUGUGAUUACAAAGCUUUUUAUUUAGGUUCUAUGCUGAUAAAAGAGCUCAGAGGGACAGAAUCAACCCAAGAUGCCUGUGCAAAAAUGAGGGCUAACUGUCAGAAGUCUACAGAGCAAAUGAAGAAGGUCCCCACUAUUAUUCUUUCAGUCUCUUAUAAAGGAGUCAAAUUCAUUGAUGCAACAAAUAAGAACAUAAUUGCCGAGCAUGAAAUUCGUAAUAUCUCCUGUGCUGCCCAGGACCCAGAAGACCUCUCAACAUUUGCUUAUAUCACAAAAGAUUUGAAGUCCAAUCACCACUACUGUCAUGUGUUUACUGCCUUCGAUGUGAAUUUAGCCUACGAAAUCAUCCUAACACUGGGACAGGCAUUUGAAGUCGCUUACCAGCUUGCACUACAAGCAAGAAAAGGGGGGCAUUCCUCUACACUUCCGGAAAGCUUUGAAAACAAACCCUCCAAACCCAUCCCCAAGCCCCGUGUCAGCAUUCGCAAAUCGGUGCAGAUCGACCCCUCUGAACAAAAGACUCUGGCCAAUCUGCCGUGGAUUGUGGAGCCAGGACAAGAAGCCAAGAGAGGAAUUAAUACCAAGUAUGAAACCACAAUUUUCUGAUACUCACCAUC